AUGUCCCUGCCUAAAACGUACAAGCAGGCGGUCUUCAAGGCAGCCGGACAACCACUCACGAUUGAGGAUGCCCCGCUGGAGCUCCCCAAGAAAGGAGAGAUUCUUGUCAAGGUCGAAGCCUGCGGCGUGUGCUAUUCUGAUAUGUUCGCCCAGAACAAUGUGAUGGGGGGUGGUUUCCCACUUGUCCCUGGUCAUGAGAUAGUUGGCCGCAUUGCAGCAGUGGGCGAAGGUGUGACCGGAUGGAAAGUCGGUGACCGAGUCGGAGCCGGCUGGCAUGGUGGACACGAUGGUAAGAUGCCCCCUGAUCUUAUUCUGACUGGUUAUCACCAGAUGUGUGACAAUGCGGUAAUCAACGGAGAAACCAAGGCCGGUGGCUAUGCCGAAUACUGUAUCCUCCGUGCUGAAGCCACAGCUCGUGUCCCAGAGGACGUUGAUGCAGCCGCAUACGCUCCAGUUCUGUGUGCUGGUCUGUCCGUCUUCAAUUCUCUGCGGCACAUGAACCUCAGUCCGGGUGAUACUGUCGCCGUACAGGGCCUUGGAGGCCUCGGCCACUUGGCCAUUCAGUAUGCCAACCAUUUUGGCUGCCGUGUCAUUGCCUUAUCUCGUGGCGGAUCAGACAAGGAGAAUUUUGCUCGUCAGCUCGGCGCCCACGAGUUUGUUGACACAUCCAAGGUAACGGAUGUGGGUGAGGCAGUGGCUAAGCUUGGUCGAGCCAAACUGAUUGUGACCACGAGCCCUCAAGGCGAUGCUAUGCCCCGGUUGCUAAAGGGACUUGGCGUCCUCGGCAAGCUGCUUAUUCUCUCGGUGCCUGGGGAUGUUCCAUUCAACACAGGGAUCAUGCUCAAGUACGGUCUGUCUGUGCAAGUAUGGCCCUGCGGGCAUGCAACUGACGCUGAAGAUACCAUCAACUUCACCAAACUUCACAACAUUCAGUGCAUGGUGGAGAAAUUUCCACUUGAACAAGCCAAUGACGCUUUCAACGCCAUGUUGAAUGGGACUGUCCGUUUCCGAGCUGUGAUUACCAUGAACUAA